AAUGCUCUUUUCUUUUUUUGAUCAAAAUAUAUGUCAUGCUCAUUCAAUCAAUUCCACAUAAAAGUCAACAAAAUUCAAAGAAGAUUAUUUCAUUACAAUUUUGAUUAUGUAUAAAUGGAAUGAAAUUAUUUCAUUUUCUUCAUAUUCAAUUCCUCUAAUUUCAUUCCUUUUUAUUCUACUGGAUUCUCGUUCUAUAAAUUGAAGGCCUCCAAGUUCUCAUUAGACACAACUCAAACACACAUUAUCUUCUUUGAGUUAUCUCUAAUCAUACUAUAAUCAUCUCCUUAGAGAGUUAUGGCAAUUUCAAAAGCUUUUAUUGUUUCUCUUCUCAUAUCUCUUCUUGUCCUCCAACUCGUCGAGGCAGACGUGGAAGUCUCAAACAAAAAGAAUGGCUACGGGCCUUACGGCAGUAAGAUUGAUUGUGGAAGUGCGUGUAUAGCACGGUGCAGGCUCUCAAGUAGACCGAACCUUUGUCACAGAGCGUGCGGGACUUGCUGCGCCAGGUGCAACUGUGUGCCACCAGGCACGUAUGGAAACUACGACAAGUGCAAGUGCUACGCCAGCCUCACCACCCACGGUGGUCGCCACAAGUGCCCUUGAGACUAUUUUGUUUUGUUUGUCAGUAAUUGUUGGCAUUACUUUGUAUUAUGUGUGGUUCUAAUAUAUAUAUAACAAUUUUAACU